GGCUCGCCGGCCAGCCCAGCCCUGCCGCGCCGCAAAACCUCCCGGGAGCCCUUGGCGGAGCCGCCAGGGGCGCAGGACCUGCCGAGCCCGCUGGCAGAGGCAUCUCCCGUGCCCGUGGCUCCAGGGUCGCAGGGACUCUGGAAGGCGAGGUGCGAGUUUCUGGCUGGCCUCGGCCAGGACCAGGCAUCAACACGCUGGUUUUCGGCGCAGCAGGCAAUGUGGUUCCUGAACUUCUGUAUUGCGAUGAAUGCUGCUUGGACCUGGCCCAGCCACUGGCAGAAGCUGGGGGACCACUCCAACUCCGUGGCCUGGGUAGGCAGCUGGAAAACUGCCGGCUUCGCACUUUGUGACCUGCUGGCCAUCUUUGCCCUGCAGGAGGCUCGGCAAGCCUACAACUCCAAGCAAAUGCAGGAGCUGGCGCUGGGUGAAGCGGAGCAGGAGGACCUGGCAAGGCCUUUGUGUCUGCUGGGCCUGCUGCAGGCGCUGGUGCAGUGCGCCUACUGGCUGCUCUUCAUCCACGGCCUGUGGAUGAAGGCUCACUGCAGCUGGGGCACCUGCAGGGAUCGCAUUGUGCAAACCACCAUGAGCGCAGGAGCGCUGGUGGUCUGCACCCCCGGCGUCUGCUGCGCCUUCUACCCGGUGCUCCUGGGCCUGCGGAGCGCCGAGCGCAGGCUGGAGGAGUUUGCGGACGAGAUCGAUCGGGGCAGGGUACCCUUCGAAGAGCUGAUCAGCUACUAUGCUCAGCUGGAGCAUCUUGUUUCCAGGAUCGCAAAGGAGCUGUACUCCACUGUCAUGUGGGUGCUCCUCACCUGUCUUCUCUACGCCUUGAUGCAGUGCUGCUCCGUGUGGCUUUGGAUCGACAAGGUGGAGAAAGCGCCGUACUCUGUGUACGUCACCUACGCCCUGGCGGUCUUGUACUGCAUUUGCUUUGCUGUAGGCUACGGCCUCUUCAGUGGUGUGGAGCAGCAACACGGGCGGAUCCGCUCCGCGGUGGACAACCACAUUGCCACCUGCCCGAGCGACUCGUACAAAGGGGCCAUCGCGUACAUCUACAUGGGCGAGAGGCCUAUCCGCUGGAAGGUGCCCUUGAGCCCCAAAUGGCCCAUGGCGCCCACCAUCGAGCGCUUUCAGGGCGCGCUGCUGGUGGGCAGCUGUGCUGGAAAAGUGGGCCUGCAGCUCAUUGAUGGCUCCAUCAAGAUGUUCAAGGCCGUCUCCGAGGGCGACAUGAUGAAGAGGGGCUGGUCCCACAUCAAGGGCCAGGUGGCGGCGGAGAGUAUUCUCCCGGAGGUGCAGCCCGUGAUGCUGGAGCAGCCAAGGGACCAUUUUCGCCUGCCACACCUACCACAGCUACCGCAGCUACCGCAGAAGCGGGGGAAGCCCCCACUGCGCGCGCCUGAGCACAAGUCUAAGGCGCCAUCAAUCGCAGACACGCAACGGAUGAGCCAGGCGUACGUGCCCCUGGUGCCAGCAGUGUCUCUCGGUGCCGUCUUGCCCCUGGCAGUAAUGCUGAUGUUCUGCGCGCAGGCGCGGCUUCGGCGCAGAUGA